GCUCUGCAGUUCAUUCAAAUCAUUUCACGAACAGGACUUUUAUUCUGCUCUGGCGGUGUGACGUCAUAAGGCUGCGCGCGCUCCCGCGUCUGUGAUUCGGCUGAAGAAAGGUGAUUUAAGUCCAUUAUCUCUCUCUCUGACUGACUCCCUCACCAGUGUGCAGAAACUACUGAACUAGGAAGCAGAUUGAGACGCAGACAGAGAUUUAGUUUGGACUUAUUUUUAUACUGUUAAUUAUUCUCAUCUUAAACACAGAAAAACUGAGAUCCACGUGACACACCAUUAUAAAGAUGGCCUUUAUUAAAGAGGAGCAUGAAGACAUGAAGAUUGAAGAAACAUUCAGAGUCAAACAUGAAGAUACUGAGAAACAAACAGACCUGAAAGUGAAGAGUGAAGAACUGAAUGAAAUACAAGAUAAAGAUCAGUAUAAAAAACAUCUUGAUUUCAUACCUGGACAAAAAUCAUUUAGUUGCUCACAGACAGCAAAGACUCCCUCACAAAAAAGAGCUCAGAAGUCUAGAUCUAGAAGUCAUUUCAUCUGUCAACAGUGUGGAAAGAGUUUCAACCAUCAAGGAAAACUGAGAGGCCACAUGAGGACUCACACUGGAGAGAAGCCUUACAGCUGCAAACAGUGUGGAAAGAGUUUCAGUGAACAUGGAAACCUUAAAGUCCACAUGAGGAUUCACACAGGAGAGAGGCUUUUCACCUGUCCUCAAUGUGGAAAGAGUUUUACACAUAAAAGCACUUUGAAUGCCCACAUGACAAUUCACACAGGAGAGAAGCCGUUCACAUGCAAACUGUGUGGAAAUAGUUUCAUUGAAAAAGGAAGCCUUAGAAGGCACAUGAGGAUUCACACCGGCGAGAAGCCUUACACAUGCCCUCAGUGUGGAAAGAGUUUCACUCAAGGAGGAAGCUUUAACAGGCACAAGAGAAUUCACAGUGGAGAGAAACCGUUCACCUGCCAACAGAGUGGAAAGCGUUUCAUUCAAAAAAGAUACCUUAAAAGCCACAUGACAAUUCACACAGAGCUGUGGGAACAGAGCAAGUCUCAAGGAAGGAGAUCCAGAAGGAUAAAUGGAGGAGUGAUGACAGUGCAAGACGAGAGAGGACAGGCCAGGGGUCUCAUUUAUAAACGUUCCGUACGCACAAAAUAGGCACAGAAAUUGUGUAUAAACUUU